UAAAAAUUCUUCCGACAGUACAUGAAGGCAGCAUUGGGUUGGGGUUACACCUCAAAUUCUUGAAAGAUGCUAAAGGAAAAUACGAUAUUUUGGCAUCUAUGUGAAGAACAACACGUCCUUAAAAAGUCUGUAUAACAUAUCUGACUCAGAAUGGACGAAGAAGCUAAGAUGCGAACCAGGUGCCAUCUUUUGGACUUGCCCUGGGAGGAUAUUCUUGUUCCACAUAUUUUAUGCUAUUUGCCACUUCAACACCUUGUCAGCCUGCAGAGGGUGAGCAAGCAGUUCCACAGCCUCAUCCAGGUGUACCUAGCCAACUGCAGGGCUUUUGAUCUGUCCCCGAUUGGACCAUCCAUUCCCAAGGAAGCAUUUUGCUCCAUGUUAAAGGACAACAAAGUUCUCCAUAGCCUGUCACUUAAGACCUGUUCAGACUGGGUGACAGACAAGGAGCUGCUGCCAGUUAUCGGUCAGAACCAACACCUGCAGAGAGUGGACAUGAGCGGGUGUGUUUUGCUCACCCGCCACUCCCUGGUGGCCGUGUCUUUGAGCUGCAUGCACCUCCAGCACCUUGGCCUGGCGCACUGUGAGUGGGUGGACAGCCUGUCCUUGCGCAGCCUGGCUGACCACUGUGGGGGGCUGCAGUCGAUCGACCUCACCGCCUGCCGCCAGCUCAAGGACGACGCCAUCUGCUAUCUGGCCAAGAAGUGUUUGAAGUUGAGGUCUCUAUCGUUGGCAGUCAAUGCCAAUGUCACUGAUGAGUCGGUGGAGGAGGUGGCCAAGAACUGCAGGGGCCUGGAGCAGCUGGACCUGACAGGUUGCCUGCGGGUCAGGAACCAGUCCAUCAGGACUCUUGCAGAGUACUGCCCGAAGCUGCAGUCCCUGAAGGUGAAUCACUGUCACAAUGUGACAGAGUCAAGCCUGGAUCCGCUACGGAAGCGCAAUGUAGUGAUAGAUGUUGAGCCGCCUUUACAGAGGGCUCUGGUACUUCUUCAGGACGUGCUGGGCUUUGCUCCCUUUAUCAAUCUCCAGAUAUAGCCAAAGGGCCAUCUAUCUGUCCAACAAUAGCACACAGGUGUCUUUAUCAAAGCACUCUCAACUGCAUCACACAGACACGCAAGUUGCUCUAAGAAACCUCAAGACAAUCCAAGAAGACAUGGAUGUUUUGCACUCAAGUUUGUUCGGCAAAAUAAUGUGGAUAAAAAAAACCUCUCUGGAAUGUGAUCAAAGAUGCAUAUUUAAGAUAGAACUGAAAAUAAGUCUACAUGUGCAAAUGACUGAAGAAAGCCAUGUACUUGUAAGAAUUGCUGCCUCAUGUUCAAAUGAUGUCACCGUACAAUGUGUUUAUCAUUCAGUGUUGUAAUAAUGUGGCUUUAUAGAAAAGUCAUUCUCACCAAAGUACAUUGUUUGUUGGUUUUUAAAACAAAGUACAUAUUUUACUUUGUGUAUAUGACAUUUUAAGAAAAAUGUAUUUUAUGUUUCAUUUAGAAACAUUAAACAAUGUUUGAGUUUAAUUAAACAUUUUAAUUUUGCAUGUAUGUGCCAGUUUAAAGGAUCAAUUCACCCAAAUCACACAAAAGCAAUUUUCUCACUUACCACUAGUUUUGUCUAGCGAUUGGUUUUAUUUGUGCAGGUUUUAUUAUCUUCACUACUGAGACUUAUGCUGCCACCACAAUACAAUGAAGCUAAAUGCAAUUUUGUUUGUGGUGCUGACCAUGUGUCUUCCAGAAACAAUGUCCUGGCUCCUCAGGAUAAUCCACAGACCUCACUGUCAACUGUUUUUAACUGCUUCCCAAUGAAAACUGUUGACCUGCUUUGUUGCUUAUAGUAGUUGUUGCACCAAAACUAUCUGCAUGGCCACCAGAGUUUAGUGGGAAAAUGUUUUUAUGUAUUUUUUGUGACGUGGGUGAAGCAGCCCUUAAAUCUAUAUUGUUAAUAAAUGCAUACAUGUAUAGCCUAGUAUUUGUUUGAAAUAAGUAUUGGAAUUUAUUAUGAUGGUUUCCCAUUAAACCCUUGAAAUGAAUUUGGUAAAAACAUACCUGUGUUGAAAUGCUGUUGCCCAGUAAUACAAUAUAUGAAUUAUAUAAGAAAUAUUAAAUUGUAAAAUUCACUACCA